CCACGCUUGUCUUUGACAGUAAGCCUUGCUAGCUGUCGCGCACUGUAAUACCCGAGCCAUUCUGACUAAGAGGCUAGUACCUGGUGAUCUAAUUUAACACAAGCCCCCACCUCAGGGACAGUUAGCUUCAGCAGGGCGCUCAGGACUCGCGCUAACCGGUGUUUGGCAGCCGACGAAGGGACGCAACAAAGAUGUCUAAAGACACUGAAGGGAAAAGCGAGAAAAUUAUGGAUAUGGAGAGCAAGGUGCUGUGGUACCCGGACUCCAAGAGGAACACACAGAUGGACAAGUUUAGGAUACAGGUCAGCGGGGACUACGGACUUAAUCUGGUUAACUACAAUGACCUGUACCAGUGGUCGGUGGACAGCUACCCAGAGUUCUGGGCAGAAGUGUGGCGCUUCUGUGGAGUUGUCGGCUCCAAACCAUAUGAGGAGGUGGUGGAUGUAUCCAAGCGGAUCUCAGAUGUUCCCGAGUGGUUUAAAGGGGCUCGGCUUAACUACGCCGAGAACCUGCUCAAACACGCAGACCAGGACAAAGUGGCUCUAUACGCUGCAACGGAGGCAAAUGAGGAGAUUGUGAAGGUGACGUUUGGGGAGCUCAGGCGUGAUGUGGCGUUGUUUGCCGCAGCCAUGAGGAAGAUGGGAGUCCAGACUGGAGACAGGGUUGUAGGCUACCUACCUAAUGGUAUCCAUGCAGUGGAGGCCAUGUUAGCAGCCGCCAGCAUCGGGGCCAUUUGGAGCUCCACGUCUGUCGACUUUGGGGUCAACGGUGUCCUUGACAGAUUUUCUCAAAUCCAGCCCAAACUGAUCUUCUCUGUUGCCGCUGUGGUUUAUAACGGCAAAACACAUGACCACAUGGAAAAGCUGACCAGUGUUGUCAAAGGUCUGCCUGACCUAAAGAAAGUAGUUGUGAUUCCCUACGCUCGCUCCAAACACGAUACUGACCUCUCCAAGAUCCCCAACAGUACAUUUAUAGACGAUUUCUUGGCGUCCGGGCGCGGGGAGGCUGACCAGUUUCCUCAGCUGGAGUUUGAGCAGCUUCCGUUCAGUCAUCCUCUGUUCAUCAUGUACUCCUCGGGAACCACAGGAGCUCCUAAAUGCAUGGUCCACUCUGCCGGGGGCACACUUAUCCAACACUUGAAGGAGCACAUUCUCCAUAGCAAUAUGACCAGCAGUGAUGUCAUCAUUUAUUACACUACGACUGGCUGGAUGAUGUGGAACUGGCUGGUGUCUGCUUUGGCAGUGGGAGCCUCAGUGGUUUUAUAUGACGGUUCACCACUAAUGCCCACACCCGAUGUACUGUGGAACCUGACAGACCAGCUGGGAAUCACUAUCUUUGGUACCGGGGCCAAGUGGCUGUCUGUGCUGCAGGAGAGGAACCUGAAACCCUCGGAAACACACAACCUCCAGUCUCUCCACACCAUCCUGUCAACUGGCUCUCCUCUCAAACCUCAGAGCUACGACUACGUCUACCGCUGCAUCAAGAGCAACGUGCUGCUGGGCUCCAUCUCAGGUGGCACAGACAUAGUGUCAUGUUUCAUGGGCCAAAACCCAACAGUUCCAGUGUAUCGGGGCGAGAUCCAGACAAGAAACCUCGGCAUGGCUGUGGAAGCCUGGGGCCUCGAUGGUAAGCCUGUAUGGGGGGACAGUGGGGAGCUUGUCUGCUCCAAGCCAAUCCCCUGCCAGCCAACACACUUCUGGAAUGACGAGAAUGGGAGCAAAUACCACAAAGCAUACUUUUCUACAUAUACUGGUGUGUGGGCUCAUGGUGACUACUGUAAAAUCAACCCAAAGACAGGAGGCAUUGUGAUGCUGGGCAGAAGUGACGGUACACUGAACCCCAACGGAGUCCGAUUUGGCAGCUCAGAGAUCUACAACAUUGUGGAGGCGUUCGAGGAAGUGUCAGACAGUCUUUGCGUCCCUCAGUACAAUGCCGACGGAGAAGAGCGAGUUAUUUUGUUCUUAAAGAUGGCUCCUGGUAAGCCCUUCUCUCCGGAGUUGGUGGCGAAGAUUAAAGGCGCCAUUAGAAAAGCUCUGUCCGCCCGACACAUCCCUGCGCUGCUGCUGGAGACCAGAGACAUUCCUUACACCAUCAGCGGGAAGAAAGUGGAGGUGGCUGUGAAGCAGGUGAUCGCUGGCCGGGAGGUGGCGCAGAGAGGGGCUUUCUCCAACCCUGAUUCACUGGAGCUCUAUAAGAACAUUCCUGAACUGCAAAACUAUUAAGAGACGAGGCUUCACAGAGCUGCAGAGAGGACCCACAAGGAACAACCUGAUGAGAAUUCAGCUUAGUUUUUAAAAUUAACUUCAUUCAGAUUCACUAGAACAGGGAGACAUGCAAAGUGCAGUGCAAAAAGGCACUCUGAGCUUUUGUACAGGGCAUAAAAAGAAAAUAUAUACGUAUGUCAAAAUGAUGCAAAAUUUGGUACAAAAAUGUGUAUAUAUAAUAAUAAGUCUGGUACCAGGUAGAACCGGGAUUUAACAAACAUGAGGGGUGCUGCUCCGUAGGCUAGAUUACAAACAAGCGGUCAAGCAGCCGCUCUUAGUCCGCCAUGUUGUGCGAGUAGAUGUUGAACUGGACUCAGCUUUGGGUGUAACGUGACGUGCUUAGCAUCACUUGUGAAUAAGCUCACGCUCCGAAGCCACCGACAAUGGAGGAGUGAAAUUUGUCAUUAAGCGCUUUGCUGUGGCCUCACAGUCUGAUUGCUAUCAGCCAGUGAAGAACCAUAUCUCCCUGUGUCAGCUGCUUUAACCGUGGUGUUGUUUCUGAGUGGGUCCCAGGCUGAAAAUCCAUGGAAGUGUUUAGAUAAACACACACACACACACACACAUACACACACACACACACACACACACACACACACACACACACACACACACACACACACACACACACACACACACACACACAUACCUACCUGGGAUUAACACCUCAGCUUUGGCUCAUAUCACCAUAUCAUUGUUAUGUGGUGUGUGUUGCUUUAUUAAAUGUAUAUAUGAAUAUAUAUGAAUUAUAUUAUUAUUAUAUAUAUAUAUAUAUGAAUUUAUAUAUAUAAGAAUUGUUUUGGACUGUGACCCAAACCUUGUAGUGGGUCGUAACAUGUCACGAGAUGUAGUUUGAUUAUGAACCAGAGAUUCCAGAUAAAACAAAACUUACUUAACAUUUGUCCAAAACCUAAAAAAGUUUAUUAACCUCUUGUGUAUUACGUGCUCGAUCGUAACCCUCAUCUGACUGUAGCGUUUAUUCCAUUUCAUUCCAUCCAAGCUCUCUUCAGUGGAAAGUAUUUUAGUCCGUGUCUGAAACUCUUUUACAAACGGGUCAGUCAUGAUCAAGUGUGAUCUGGAAGUGAGCAAAUGUUCGUAUCACCACAAAAGCCUGUAUUUAUAAGUUCCAUAUCAAUGGUCCGUGUUUGUCACAACCAGAAAAAUGUGUUCAUCUCAGAUAGCUGCAGCAUAGCCUGUUUUGUUUGGGGUUUUUUUUUUUGCUUUGUACAUGGGAAUUAUUUAUUCAAAAUGUCCUCAUGCUGUGUGACAAAGCCUAAAGGCCAAUUAAUGCUGUUAAAGAUGAGCUGCAGUGGUUUUGGUCACUAGUCGCACUACUGAGCAACAUGGGUGUAACAAUAACAAAAACACUAAUCACUGGGGUUUCAUUUCAUGUUGGGAGGAAAAAACUAAACUAACUACAUACGUGACCAGAAUGUGAAUUGUGGAGAAAUCACAGAAGUAGCAUUUUUCUUACUGGACUUUUUCUUGUGUUUUUUAUGGAUUCUCCUUGUUUAGCUUCUGAUUCAGGUUUUGUCACUUGUUUCCGUUAGGAUUAUGUGAGCAUGUUUAAAGGUAUGAAUGUAAUCAAAUCAACUGGAAAACUCUGCAGUUCAUCUUUAAUGCCAUAGAUUGAAUAAAUGUCCUCUUUUAAGGUAUCAUGUGGAGUCUUUGACCACCAGUAGUGCUAUGGAGCAAUCUAGAUUCUUGUUUUGUUUGUCUGUAGAUGCAGAUGAUGGAUAACAUAUUCCUGCCAAUCGUGUCACGCCGUCAGUUUUUUUUAAGUGUUUACGAGGUUGGAAGUGAAUUCAUGAUGUUUUGGGGGUUUUUUUUUAGGGCUAAAGGAUACAUAAUGCUUUUUGGUGAGCAACAUGUAAAGAGACAAACAGCUCCACAGGGUGGCUCUCAAGUGUCAUAUAUGCAGAGGUUCUCUUACGCAGACAGGGAUCAUGAUUUGAUAACUGUACACGUUGCACUUUAGCACUGUAUAUGUGACAUUGUUCAUGGCGACAUCUAGUGAGACAUGGCAGAUCUGCUUUUCCAUUCUGUAGGAUGCAUGCAGGUUAUGCAGUUAUUUUUUUUCUGCAAUCAUAUUAAGCCAAGUGUUUGCAAACGUAAUUCUGGGUUUGUCACGUGUAAAUAAUAAGUCGACUGUAUUUGAUUCUUCUGUUUCCACUUUUAGUGAAUCUGCAAAUGUUUUUUUUAUUUUUUCUAUUUAGGUGUAAUGAGAAAGUUUAGUGAAUCGGAUCAUUUCUGCAGUAGAUGAUUUGCUCUUUCACACAACAGCACAAUGUUGAGGGUCAUUGUCUGGGUCUAGUUUACGUUGGACGUUGGCUGGAUGUGAACUCUUUCACCUGCGAACCAUGGCUAUGUUCAGAGUUUUUCAGGGAGAUAUUUGCAUUAGAGUGAGUCAUGUACCAAGGGAGAUUUUUUUUUUUGCAUUUCCUGGUUGACAGCUGUCAUCUACCCAAUAAAGUAAAGCCAGUCUGAGAGCAAAAGCUCAACCAAAUAAUGCGUGUUCCAAAAUUUCAGCCUUUAAUACCCGUCACAGAUUUACAGCAUCUGCAUCUACAUGUUUUCCUGAGACAAACUGAGAGGCCCUUUAUCCCAUGCUUGCUGGACACAGCGCACUGUAACGUGUGCACAGGAGAUUUUACAGUUUACUUCUGGAUUCUGACACAAAUACCACCAGCAACUCAAGAGUCCAUUCAUUUUCUUAAACAUUUUGACUGAUACUCAUUCCUCCAGCAUCAUUUCCUGUAUAGCUUCACCUUUAGGUGCCAUUACCAUAAGCUGUCAAUAACAUACUAUUACUAAAUCAGCACUGGUGCUGCAGGUAGCAGCUUGUGAUGUCCUGGACACCUCAGCAUGUGGACGUCUGCUUUAGGGUGAAUAAUAAAGAACUGACAGGCUGGUGGAAUAACUGAAGUGUGGGCGUGUGUGUGUGUGUGUGUGUGUGUUUGAGUAAAUGUCUCUUUAUGUGUUUAUCUCUGUGUUUUGGUGAGUGUGUAGAAGCCAGUCAUUUUGACAGACAUCUACUUUAGAAAUAAACUUGGCAGUUUUCAAACUUCCUGUAACCUUUUUAAGUGUGAACGCUCAGACCUGCCAGUCAGCCAAACUUCACAACACAACAGAGCGAAAUCGAAAAAUAGAAAAAGUGAGACUUGGUUAGAGUCCAGUUCCUAAGUGUAAAAAGUCUCACUAAUCGAGCGUUCUAGUAUUUCUUUCUAAUCUAUUCCAACCUUCAGUCAUUCGAACAUGAGAAAAUGUUUUGUUGGCAUCCUGUCAGUCUGGUGUAGAGAUAGCAGGGUGAGGAGAGGACUGCAAAAAUGAGCAGUGUGGGGUGAAUGUAGGAAUGUUGACAAAUGGAAAAGCUGAAGUGUUUAUGAAAUUCAAAAAUAAUAACUAUCUGAUGAACAUGAAUGGUAAGUCCCAUGCUGCCAACCGGAGAGGCUGGUGUGAUUCAUCCCAGAUGUCUCAUGACAGCACGAAACAAAUCAAAAAAUGACUUUGUUAACGGUUUAAUUGUACACUCUGCUUACAGGGGUGGACGGUUAAUUUGCUCUCGGUGUAAUCAAUUUAACUGUAAAUUGAAAAUGCACAGACUUAAUGACAGACUGUUUAUUCUUUGGUAUUUUGUUGUAAACUGACCUGUGGUGCUUAGGUAAAACUUUGCCUUCCAAACUGAAGAAAAUUAAACAUUUAAAGUGA